GACUAGGGCUCUUUCUCGUUCCCUACUCAAGGAGGGGGAUGGUGGGGCAUGGGCGGCACUGUGGGAGGCGGAGCCUGGAGGGAUGGCCUGGGGCGCCUGGAGAGAUAAGUGCGCAGCCGGACGCUGGCUGGGGCCCGCACUGUUGGGGGCGGUGACCCUGCGAUGUUGUUGGUGUCGCUGAGCUUGGUCGCGCUGUGUUGGAGUGUGGUGUCCCCGGAGCCGGCAAUUCAGUGUGGCUCAGAAAAUGGACCGUCUCCAGAGUGGAUGGUCAACCACACUCUAACCCCAGGAGACUUGAGGGACCUUCGAGUGGAAUCUGUUAAAACCAAUGUUGCAACGGAGGACUAUUCGAUUUUGAUGAACAUAAGCUGGAUACUCCGGGCAGAUGCCAGCAUCCGUUUGUUGAAGGCCACCAAGAUCUGUGUGACAGGCAAAAACAACUUCCAGUCCUACAGCUGUGUGAGGUGCAAUUACACAGAGGCCUUCCAGACUCAGACCAGACCCUGGGGUGGCAAAUGGAUGUUUUCCUACAUUGGCUUUCCCGUAGAGUUGAACACACUCUACUUCGUUGGGGCCCAUAAUAUCCCCAAUGCAAAUAUGAAUGAAGACAGCCCCUCCUUGUCUGUGAAUUUCACCUCACCAGGCUGCCUAGACCAUGUAAUGAAAUACAAAAAAAAGUGCAUCGAAGCAGGAAGUCUCUGGGAUCCAAACAUCACUGCUUGUAAGAAGGACGAGAAGACUGUAGAAAUCAAUUUUACAACCAGUCCCCUUGGAAACAAAUACAUGGCUGUUGUCCAAAAUAACUUUUCAACUGCAACUUCUUUGCUGGAGUUAUCUGCACAGAGCGAACUAACUCGAACUUCUAUCACGGUUCCAGUGACUGAGGACAGUGAAGGUGCCGUGGUCCAGUUGGUUCCGUAUUUCCAUACUUGUGGCUACGACUGCAUCCGUCGCAAAGGAACUGUUGUGCUUUGCCCACAAACAGGUGGCUCCUUCCCUCCAGAUAACAGCAGACGUGUGCCGAGUGGCUGGCUCCCUCACCUCCUCCUGGCUCUGCUGCUGGCCAUGUGGGUGCUGGCGGUUGGGAUCUAUCUCAUGUGGAGACAUGAAAGGAACAGGACUUCCCUCCCUACCACCGUGCUACUGCCCCUCAUUAAAGUUCUUGUGGUUUACCCAUCUGAAAUAUGCUUCCAGCACACGGUUUGUUACUUCACAGAAUUUCUUCAAAACCAUUGCAGAAGUGAGGUUAUCCUUGACAAGUGGCAGAAAAAGAAAAUAGCCGAGAUGGGUCCCGUGCACUGGCUUACCACUCAGAAGCAAGCAGCAGACAAAAUCAUUUUCCUUCUUUCCAAUGAUGUCAACACUGUAUGUGAUGGUACCUGUGCCAAGAGCGAGGGCAGCCCCUCUGAGAACUCUCAAGACCUGUUCCCCCUGGCCUUUAACCUCUUUUGCAGCGAUCUGAGAAGCCAGAUUCAUGUGCACAAAUACAUGGUGGUUUAUUUUAAAGAGGCUGAUACCAAAGACGAUUACCACGCCCUCAACGUCUGCCCCAAGUUCCGCCUCAUGAAGGAAGCUACUGCUUUCUGCACAGAACUUCUCCACGCUGAGCAGCAUGUGUCUGCACGAAAAAGGCUGCGAGCCUGCUACAACAGCUGCUCCUCUGUGUAGCCCCUCCCAUUAGAAACAAGAACUCGAAGGCUUCCUACCCUCCAAUUAGAAAAAGCUUCUGUGACGACUGCGGAAGUUUAUUGUACGGGCAACGUGGAGGGUUUCAUGUAUAUACCUGCGUUAGCACAAGGAAUAAUAGGAGGACUUAACAAGAUAUAUAUAUAUAUAUAUAUAUGCCUUAGUCUAGUAAUUCAACUUUUAUGCUAAUACUUGCAAAUACUACUAAUUUCUGUAGUAUUAACUAAAGAAUGGAAACUAAAUUUAUAGCUAAAAAGCUAAAUCACUUUCAUAACUAAAAAUCAAGAAUAGUUAUAGUGUAGAACUGUAGCCAUCCUGACAGUGCAGUGAGAAAGCAUCUGCUGGCUGGUCUUGAAUGGUCCAUGCCCAGCCUUGGAGGUGGAACUGUUUACCUCUGUAACGUUCUAAGUUCAGUGAAUGCCAAAUUUCUUAAGCCCUUGUUAAUUCACUCAGUAACUUCUUAGGUAAAAACCCUCUUACACACGUCUUUAAUAUGAAAAUAUAACCCAUCUUUGCUCAUCAGAUGAUCUAGUGUACGUGUAACCACUUGUAUUAUUUGGUGUUUUCCUAAGACCAUCCCUCCCCGAACUGGGUUAAUGUCCUAUUUGCUUCUGUCCCGGUAACUUUAACAUGAACACCCACACACACGCAGACCUGCCGUCUCCUGCUGCCGUUACCUGUUACGGGUCACUGUCAUAGUUCAGGUUUUUUUUGGUUAUUAUUAACUUUUUGUGUUUAGAACAAAAAGAAUCCCUAUUAUGUUGGAAGACAGCGCUCUUGAAGUAGUUUUAUAAAUGUGUUAUAAUGGCUUAGUAAAAAAAAAAACAAAAACAAAAAAACUACCACAGACUUACAGAACACAAGAGUUAUGUAGUAUUUUGAGCCUUCCAACUUUUUCAUUUUCCUAAAGACAUCAUUUUCUUAUUUUGGGUCACCAAAAGGUUAUAUAUAUAUUAACACAUGGGUUUUUCUAAGAAUGCCUGUCUUUCACACAGUGCAAUACUAGAAUGUGGACCAGUUUCAGGCAGAUGACUGCUAAAAUGUAUUCGUGGAUUAUUUUUAAAGGGUCAUGCCACUCCUAGUACAUGUCCUAAGGAUAAAAUAAAAGCCAAAAUAACUAAGCAUAGAAUGAAACCUCACCGUGUCCUGCUUUACCAGCAGAUACUUAGCAAUUACUCAGGCAAUAUGUUUAAUGUGGCAAAGGUCACACAUUUGUCAAGAUCAGUCUUCAUGGUGCUUGAAAGAGCUGGUAAUAGAAGAGGGACAUGGCUUAUGUCAAAACUUAGGCCAGAAGCCACUUCCUCUGAAUCAACAUCUACCAGUUAUAACAGCAAUAUGCUAUUACAUGGAAAACUAUUAAAGACAGAAAUACAUUAUGCUUUUGGAACUAGGUAGCCAACAC